UACGACGUCGCACAUCUGUCUAGUUUGAAUAGUGUCUUUUCAGCUCGGUGUUCAGAAAAUAUCCACCGACUCGUAUUAUACUCUAAAUCUCCCACCGUAUUUUUGACAAUAUGUUAGCAGUUUAUGAUUUGAUAUACCGGCAAAAAUAUAAAUAGAAAGUUCAUAUGAAAGCUUAUAUAAAAUUAAAGUGAAAGUUGCAGAAGUAAAGAGGAAGUUAUAUAUCGUAUGUAGCUGCUUGUUCAUCUGUUGGCCAAUCAAACGUCCUCACUAGCGCAUGCGCGGUUUAUACCCACCCAAUGUCACACGCUAGAUGCUUAUAGUCUUGCACUGCGUUUAUAACGAACUAGUACCUACUACUGAAUGUAUUAACACAAUAUUAUGUGUCCGAUAUAAUUGUUUUAUUACCUUUCUUUCUAAAUAAUUUGAUCCCUGAGUAAUCUUGGAGUUUCAUUGAGCGAUGGCGGGUUUGUCCAGUUAUGCUGUGCGCAUGGCUCGCCUCAGCGCCCGCAUCUUUGGUGAUGUGGUGCGGCCGACAGACUCCAAAUCCAUGAAAGUGGUGCAGCUGUUUAAAGAGCCCCCUAUGGCACAGAAGAAAGAAGUGUUUGAAUGGUAUCCUCAGCACAAGAUCUACUAUUCCCUCACCCAGAAACUCCGAUACAUGGGCCUCUUCAGAGACGAGCACCAGGACUUUAAGGAGGAGAUGCGGCGGCUCAGGAAGCUGCGUGGAAAAGGAAAGCCCAAAAAAGGAGAAGGAAAAAGAGCCAUGAAGAAAAAGUAGGCAUGGAGAUGCUGUAUUACAAGGAAAUCUUGGAGACUCUUGGUGAAUUCUUGUACACUUCAGAAGACAUUUAUUUGUUUGGGUGUAGGGACUGUCCCAUUCCACUGCUUCAGAGAAUGCAGAGAUGUGAAUCCUCAGCAGGCAAUGGAAAAGAUUUCAAGCCAUCCGCUUGAGUGUUGCUCAUUUUGUUGUGGAUUAAAAUAUUUACUUUCACACAAA